AUCUCUUUCUUCCCUCCUUGUCCGAUUCUCUGCUGUAGCUUCCAGUAGAGAAAAAUAAUUAUUCUUCUCAAUGGGUUCGCACGGGGCGCACGCACACACGCGCGCGCACACACACCCCCGCCGAGGUACCCAAUCAAUGCACAAAUCUUCGGGGUCCCUUUAACCUCUGCGGAUGACUCCAGGAGUUAAUUAUGAAGCCUAUUUCGGCGCGGCAUAAAUAUGCAUUAAGCCCCCCAGCCCCGGGGCCGGCGUGCCCGGCCCACCCCGCCCUCCGCGCCCCCCCGACGGCCGCGGUCGGCCGGCAUUCCGGAGCAGCGCGUCGGAGCUGCAACUUCGCGCCUAAGCGCCCGCACCUCGCAGCCCGGCGGGCGGGAGACAAAAGCUGCGGCGCCGCCGCCGGAGGCCGCGCGGCCAAGGAAUUAAUGGAGAAUUCAGAGAAAUCGGAGCUUCUACCCCACCACCCUCUGUCAUUGCACUGCCCUGGCACAUGGGCACAACGUCUUCUGAGAAGGGACACAAACUGCUCAGACAUGCGGCAUCCUCCCUGUAGUCCUCCUUUCCUGGCCGGUUGGAGAACGCUCUCUACCCUUCUCUUCUGAACAGCUCCCAGCAUGCUCCAUGGGGAACAUUUUGGAUUUGAAUGAAGAGCAUAAAAAUGUGGUCAGCAUAUUGGCCUUGAUAUUUGAUUUUCUUUUUUCCAUGCAACUGGCCCCAGGAGGUGACUGACAAGUUGGGCCAAGUGCACUGAAAGCCCUGUCUCGGCUGGCCCAUAACUCCUGAGCUGCACAGACCCCUAAGGACCCCGUGAGCCGGCAGAGAGCCAUAAAUCCGGCAAGCUGGAGGCUGCGAGCUCACUGAUUGCACUGGGGAAAAGCAGCCUGAUCUGAUUGCUAUGUGAGCUGGAGAGAGAAAAGGUGGUAACUGGAGUGCUGGAAAUACAACGACUUUGGAACAAAAUGAAGCAACAGAGGAAUGGCAGGAGGGACUGUGGUUUUCUCAUCUGUACAACAAAGGGGCUGGAUUGGACUGCAUCUGAAGCCCUUUCAUCACAGAAAUUCUGUAUUUCCCUUUGUAACUAAGGUCAAACAGAUGUGGGAGGGUGUCAGGAUGGGAAAGCAAGAUCGGGGGACCCAGAGAAGCCAGAAGAGGCAAUGAGGAGGCCGACAUAUUUACUGCCCAAUUACUAUCACAUUUUUUGGUGUGUAUGUGAGACAGGGUCUCACUCUGUCUCCCAGACUGGAGUGCAGUGGUGCGAUCUCAGCUCACUGCAACCUCCGCCUCCCGGGUUCAAGCGAUGCUCAUACCUCAGCCUCCUGAGUAGCUGGGAUUACAGGCACACGCCACCACACCUGGCUAUUUUUUUAUUUUUUUAUUUUUAGUAGAGAUGGGGUUUCACCAUGUUGACCAGGCUGGCCUCGAACUCCUGGCCUUAAGCCACUCACCUGCUCAGCCUCCCAAAGUGCUGGAAUUACAGGUGUGAGCCACUGCACCUGGCCAACUAUCACAUUUAAUUCUCAGAGUAACAAGUGAGAUAGAUGUAGUUAUCCCCAUUUUACAGAGAAGAACACUGAAGUACAGAGGCUACAUUAAUAUCUCAAGGUCACAAGGCUCCGUGCUCAGGCUGGGAUUCCAACCCAGGCAGUCUGACCCAGAGCCUGCACACUUGGUCAUGAAGUCUUCUUGCCUGAGUAUGCAAUGUGACCAGGAAAACCCUGGAGGAAACAUGUACACAACUUGUGUUUCCUUACUUUUAAGGGUAAGAGUGGAAAACAGUCCCCAUGGAGUAGAUUGUCCAAAAUACACAUCAGUCUUCUGGGAAAGAGGAGUGUGUGUGUGUGUUUGUGUGUGUGUGUGUGUGUGUCUGUGUCUGUGUGUCCGUAGGGGAUGUAACAGACAGAACCAAGAAGUGUGUAGGUGAAAAUAUUUAAUAGGGAUGAAUGUAAAUUCCUGUACCUGGGCACAGAAUCCCCACUAUAUAAAAAUAGAAUAGAGAGUUAGGAUCAGAAAGCAUCAAUUUAGGGGCUUCACCUAACAGCAAGCUCAGGUUGAACACCAGUGUGGUGAGGCUUCCAGAAAAGCCCACCACAGGGCUGCAUCAACAGAAGGGAAGUGUCCCACGCCAGGACAGAACCCUUAGAGCAUUCACGCUAGGUUGAGUUCCAGGCCACUUGCUAUAAGAGGGACAGAGCCAGGCCGGAGAGGAUAAAGAGGAGAGCGACAGGGAUAGAGAUGGACAUCUGAGGAAGAGGUAAAACACUCACCAGUUGAAAGAACCAGGCCAGACAUAGUGGCUCAUGCCUGUAAUCCUAGCACUCUGGGAGGCCGAGGCAGGUGGAUCACCUGAGGUCAGGAGUUCAAGACCAGCCUGGCCAACAUGGUGAAAUCCCGUCUCUACUGAAAAUACAAAAAUUAGUUGGGUGCAGUGGUGGGCACCUACAAUCCCAGCUACUUGGAAGGCUGAGGCAGGAGAAUCGCUUGAACCCAGGAGACAGAGGUUGCAAUGAGCCAAGAUUGCGCCACUGCACUCCAGCGUGGGCAAUGGAGAGACUGUCACAAAAAAAAAAGAAAAGAAAAAGAAAGAACUAGGUGACAUUGUGCAAGUUACACCAUACAUCACAACGUCAGUUUUCCUAUCUGCAAAAGCGGUUUAUUAGUAGGGUCGGCAUAGAGAUUAAAUGAGAAAGCAUGUCAAGUGCUUAGCUGGGGGCCGGACAUAAUAAACGUUAGCUGCACCAGCCGUUAUUAAACCCUGAGCAUGCUCACCUCAGACAAGGGGUGCAUCAGGGACAUGGCUGGAGGAUCAAGGACAGGGAUCUCCAUGGCACCGGUCCAGAGUCACAGCUCUGCGUGGUAGCUUAGUGAAGCCAAAGGCCCCACAAGUUGUUCCUCAUCCUCUGACAUGAGUCCUGUUAAACGUCAGCAGCCCAUUCUUCUUGGUGGUAGUGAGUUCUCUUGGUGAUCAAAGCAGAAAGGUGUCUGGCUAGCAGUGUUCCCUCCUUUUGGGCGGGCUAGUUGGUUGGGCAGGGAGUGCAGGGGCCAUGGGACCAGCAGGGCCCCCAGUGACUGCCAAGGUCCAAGGCAUCUCCUGCUGGCUCAUUCAGCCCCCUCCUGUCCUGGUCCUUCCCCUUCCCCACCCCACAGCCCCAUCUUGUCCUCCUCCACCCUCCUUGCUCUCUUGCUGGGAGCAGGGACAGCAAUGCUAGUCUCCCCUUUGACUCUUUUCUUGAGCAUUGGCUGAGCAUCAGUUUCCUACACUGGCAGAAGCAAGGCACACAGUAGGCUUUCAAGGACAGAGAGGAGGACUGAAUGAUUAGAAGACAGCAAAGUACAUCACAGGCUGUUGGGUUGGAAAGCACCUGCAGCAUCACCUAGUUUAAUCCUUAGACUUGGUGGUUUUCUAACUGUACUGAGCAUAGAAUUAUUUGUGGUAGAUUGUUUAAAUGUGGUAGAUUCUGGGGCCCUGCAUACUGAAAUACAGUCUCUUGGGUGGAUUCCCAGGAAUUUCAUUUGUAACCAGCUCCAGCAGGUGACAGCCCAUGCAGGUGGUCUGGAUGGACAUUUUGAAGAACACUGCUAUGAUUCCUGACUUCUCUCCAUAUUUCUACUAUAUUCCUGCUACAUAGCCAUGACAAAACUCACAGAAAAGAGUUCACAGAACGCCUCUGCUCUCAACUCAUUCACAGUCUAGCUGGAGACAGAAGACAGCCACAGGAGCAGUUAGUGCUCAGGUCCUGACCGAGGGCCUGCCAUGGGAGUUCAGAGGCAGGCUGGCCCAGCUCAAGGCUCCGGGAGAAGACAAGGUUUUAGCAGGGCCAGGACAACCAGAUACGGUUUUCUUCCCCAGUCAGCUAAGAUCUGUUCUUAGUGGAGGUGCUCAAUUAGCCAAUCUCAUGAAUUCUGCAUGUCUGACCGACUUUCAUCCACCUCCCUC